UUGACUUGCGUCGAGCGCGACCUGCGGAAGUACUGGCACAAGGGCAAGUACUGCGCGGGGAUGGAGUCUGCGCCUUCCCGCGCUGCCUCUGGCACCGAUGAGGCCCCGGGACCUCGCGCAGACCGCUUGGACAAGGUGCUCAACAGCAGCGUUUUCUGGUGCUGCUGCAAGAUGGUGCGGGACCUGGGGCUGCUGGCGGAACACACAG